AUGUCUCCUCUUCAGCCGUUCCGCGGAUUUCAGCGAAAGCUUGUGCUUGCGUUCGACGUCGGCACGACUUUCAGUGGAGUUUCAUAUGCCGUGCUAGACCCGGAUGAGAUACCGGAGAUACAAAAUGUCACCCGUUUCCCCGGCCAGGAAAAUGCUGCGGGGGACUGCAAAAUUCCCUCCAUCCUCUACUACAGUCAGGAUGGUACAGUUCGUGCUGCAGGUGCGGAAGCUGCGCUCCCGGGAAUGGAUCUGCAGGCCGAAGACGAAAACCUCAUCUAUGUCGAGUGGUUUAAGCUUCAUCUACGCCCGAGUUCGUUGGCCCCAGAUGAUCUGGAUGCCGUCAUUGCACGGCCUUUACCCACUGGCAAGACUGCAGUGGACGUAUUUGGAGACUUUUUAGCCUAUUUAUACUCAUGUGCCCGAAAGCACAUCACGGAUUCCCAUGCAGGAGGGGACCUGUUGCUGAGCUCGUUUGGAGAUCGCAUCGAGUUCGUACUUAGCCAUCCGAACGGUUGGGAAGGGUUGCAACAGAGCAAAAUGCGCCGCGCUGCUGUCCUGGGCGGACUGAUCCCGGAUACCGCAGCCGGUCAAGGCCGUGUUCACUUUGUAACGGAAGGCGAAGCGAGUAUGUACUUCUGCAUUCAGAAGGGCCUCGCCGCGAACUCUAUGCAGAUCGGGCAGAAUAUACUGAUCGUCGACGCCGGUGGGGGAACUGUCGACAUUAGCGCGUACAAGUUUGUGACGGUGGCUCCGUUGUCGAUGGAAGAAGUGGCCACGCCCGAUUGUAUUCUGCAAGGUUCAACCAGAGUGAACGUACGAGCUCAAGCAUUUUUGCAAGGCCAAAUACACGACACAGAUAAGCUGUGUGGUUCUUAUUACGGAAAUGAGGAGGAUAUCAAGACGAUGAUAAGGUAUUUCGACAAGUACACGAAGCCCAUCUUCAAGGACCGCAGUGAAGACUCGUAUAUCAAGUUCGGUUCGAUGAGCUGCAACGAUCCAUCGUCAAUAUCCGCAGAGGACAGUUGCUUCUUACCGGGUACGCGCGGGCGAUACGAUAUGUUCGAGAUCGACAUUGACUCACUUUCUGGUAGCGAUGAGCUCGCUUCUUUCUUUGAGCCGUCCAUUCGAGCAAUCGUCAAUGCUGUUGAAGGACAGCGUCGGUCUGUUAACGGUGGACUUAAUAUGGUAUUCCUCGUUGGUGGAUUUGCGGCGAGCCCUUGGCUGUUCUCGCGAUUGCAAAGCUCCUUGAGUUACUAUGGCUUGACACUCGCCCGACCAGAUCGUCACACGAGCAAGGCGGUGGCGGAAGGUGCUGUAGCGUUCUAUCUAGAGCAUUGGGUCUCAGUGCGAGUGAUGAAGGUCACCUAUGGGGUAGAAUGCACUGUCGAAUAUGAUGAAACCAAUCCAGAACACCGUAUCAGGCGCGGGCGCAUUACUACCCGCCCUUCUGGUCGCCGUGCACUGGGAGACUCAUUCUCAGGACGACGAGUGAGAGAUAAGGAAGAGAUGUACCGGAACUUCUUCAAGGAGUCACAUGAGUCCACGACCCUUGACAGACUCCAUACGUCGAUAACUUGUUACAGAGGAACGACUCAAGACCCUCGUUGGACGGAUCUCGAGCCAGAGUCGUUUGCCACGCUCUGCACGGUGCAGGCCGAUACUUCACGCGUUACCAAGGUCCAGCAACACGGACUCAAAGGUGUCUACUACACGCAGCACUACAAGGUCGUUCUGCUGUGCGGGCUUACGGAGCUGAAGGCGCAGAUCAGCUGGAUGGAGAAUGGCGAGGAGAAACGCGGCCCCGCAACUGUGGUAUAUGACGAUGAUGCUGAAGCGAUUCACUGA